AUGAGUGAUCCAUUAGCUGAUUUUACUAAUCUAUCUCAAGAUGAAAUAGAUCCAAAUUUAAAAGAAGAAAAUGAAGUAAAUAAUAGUAUAGAUGAACAAAUGCAAGAGGAUGAACAAAUGGAGCAUCACGAAGACCUAGCCAUUGAAAAUUCUGAACAACAAAAUCAAGAAGAUCAACAACAACAAGAAGAAGAUAUAGAAUUACCAGAACAUCAGGAAGAAUUUGAAGCUACAGAAAAUGCAGAAGAUCCCGAAGGAGAUAAAUAUGAAGAAUACGAAGAAGAUGAUGAAAUAUAUAAAAAUACCAGGGCACCAAAAAUACAAGAUGAUCAAAUAGAUCAUACUUAUAAGAAAAUAAUUAGAAAAUCAAGACCAGAAGGUGAAUCAACUAAUGAAAACCAAGUUUAUCAACCAACAAAUACUGAAGAAAAUAACACAUUUACAACCGAUGAUUUGGAUCCACAACAAAGAAGAAGAUUUGAACUAGAAGAAAGAAUGAAUGCUGCAAUCAAAACUAAAUCAACGAAGAAGAAAAAAGCAGAUGAACAUGAUUUAGAACAAAUGGCAGAUGAUAGAAUUGAAUAUAUGAAAGAUCAAAUGAUUAAAGCAGCUAAUUUAGAUGCUGAAAAAAAUGCAAAUAAUCAAAUUGCAACAGAAAAAUUGAAAUUAUUAAAUGAAGUUUUGGAUGUAUUAUCAAAACUGGAUUUGGCUGAAUCAAUUUUAGAUAAUAAUAUGUUGGAAGCUGUAAGAUUAUGGUUGGAACCAUUACCAGAUGCUUCAAUGCCUGCUUAUCAAAUACAAAAAGAAUUAAUACAUGCAUUGGAAAGAUUACCAAUAAAAACUGAUCAUUUAGUUGCUUCAGGGAUAGGUAAAGUUUUAGUAUUUUAUCAAAGAUCAAAAAGAACAGAAUCACAAUUGAAGAAAAUAGUUGAUAGAUUAAUUAGUGAUUGGACAAGACCUAUUUUAAAUAAAAGUGAUUCAUAUAAAGAUAGAUCAAUAAGAUUCGGUGAAUAUGAUAAAAGAAAUUAUGCCAAUAAAUUAUCUAAAUCAAAAAGAAAAGAAGCUAAAACGUUAUAUGAAGAAAAUGCUGAAAGAAGAAAAAGAGCUGCUAUACCAACAGCUAGAAGUGCGGCAUAUAAAAUUGCUCCAAGAGUUGAUCCAAGUGUUUUAUUAAGACAUUCUAAUGGUAACAAUGAUGAAAGAUUUAGAAAAAUUAAUCAAACUUUAACAUCAAUGGGUACAAAAAGGAAAAAAUCAAAAAAAGGAGGUCCAUCAAUUGAAGGAAGAGAUCUUGCAUUAUAG